AUGGUUCCUAUUCCUACGGAGAAACCUCCUGCUCACUGGUGGAACGACGAAAUUGCCUCCGAACGAAGAAAAUGCGUGGCGGCGAAGCGAACCAAAACCGGAUGUGUCUCAAAACUCCACCGCAGCCGCGCACGUGGACAACACUCUGCUAGUGAAGAGGAAACUGCAAUCACAGCGAACUCCGCCUAUAAGGAAGCCAGGAAAGGACUGAAAAUCGCCAUCGCGCAGAGCAAAAAGAACUGCUGGAACGAACUACUUGAAACAAUGGACAAUGACCCAUGGGGAAAACCUUACAAGCUGGUCGCUCGAAGACUACGCGGUCCUCCCGCAACAAGCAAUAUGGAAUUCGAAUCAGUACGACGAAUCACGGAAGUACUCUUCCCCCUACAUCCCCCGAUGACGAUGCAAGCUCUCGAAGUGAAUGAGACGCCUCCACCUUUCACAAUAGAGGAGGUUAACAAAGCAGUUGAUAGAAUCAAGCGGAAAAACACCGCCCCGGGUAUGGACAACAUAAAUGGGAAAAUAAUUAGCGUUGUUCACCAGGUAUGCCAAUCAGCCUGGAUAUCAAGAAUGCUUUUAACUCCAUCGGCUGGAACGAGGUCAUGCUAG